AUGGCGGCAUCACUGUUCACUUUCUCCUCCACUUCAAGAAGAGUCGUCCCAGCUCCAAACACUCCUCCUCUUCCCAUAUACAUCAAAGCCACAAAUGUCGUUUUCAACCCUGAUAUACUAGAUGUUCAUCGCGGCCUCGGACUUGAUGAUUUUGUCAAUUUCUUAGUCUCUUGCCGACUUCGAUACGCCAUCAGUGAGGUUCCAUCAGAGUUCUUUCCCGAACAAGUAUGUGAGUUCUACUACACUGCAACGGUUAAUGAUGAAAACAGUGUCAUCUCCAGGACUAUUGGGCGUGGCCGACGCUCCGUUUUUAUCACCGCUGAUCUCCUCAGUGUUGCGCUCAGGUUACCAAUCGUUGAACCAUUCUCUGAGCUUCCAACUAUUGAACGUUGUCGACGCCUCUUUGAUCAACUGGGCUAUGAUCACUCAAAGGCUGGUGCUCGAUCAGCUCUCAUUCUGCAUCAAUGUAUGACUCCAAGAUGGAAGGUCUUCACUAGGGCUCUAUGCAAAUGUGUGUAUCACAAAUCUCGCAAUGGUGAUCAACUGAGUACUUAUGAGCAACAAUUUGUCUGUUCCCUUCUCAACAAAUGUCUUGAUUAUGGGGCUUUCUUCUUUGAUCAGCUUGUCCAACUUCUUUGUGCUAAUGUACACGCUGAUCAUGCCCCCUUUCCACGCUGGAUUGCUCUUGUCCUAGAUAAAAUUUUCGCUGAAGCCUACUACUCCCACUCUGGAAACCCCAUCCAAUGCCCACGCAUGUCAAUGCGAAUGUAUCAGGAUGAUCCAAUGGAAAAUGACAUCGACAUCUCUGAUCGAAUGAGAGAAUGGAUCGCAAAUCCAUAUACUGUUCCUUCACUAACCGUUGAUACUGAUGACGGAGCUGAUGGUAACAACAAAGAUCAUGCUGAUCAACAAGCUAAAACGCAGGACAAUGGUCAUCUCUCCCCUCAACUUUCUCAUCAUACUCUUUCUGUCACUGAGAGGGUUCACUCAGCUCAAGGGGAGCAACCAUCUCAGGGGGAGCAACCUUCUUCGGGGGAGAAACAUCACUCACAAGAAGUUCCAGGUACUCAAUUCCUUCAUAUACCGGCCUCAUCAUUUAAUGAGCUUCUUACACUGACUCGGGACAUGAGUCAGCAUCUUCUACGAAUUGAGGCCGAUGUUCACCAACUGAAGGGAGUUCCUUUGCCAACUCCUUCCCCUGGCCCACAACAUGAUGAUGAUCAAAAAGGGGGAGAAACUGAUGAUGAUCAAGAAGAGGGAGAAAUUGAAUCUGUUGAGCUCGGAUCUGAGGAUAACAUUUUAAACCAGACCGAGCCACCACAGCCUGUGCACGAGUCUGAUAGACCAGCAGAUACUGAAAAGCUUGCUGAAAAUAGUGAGCAUGAUGAUGAGGAUGAACAUGAUGAUGAACGUCAAAUACUGGACAUGAACUUCAUUAAUCCUCAUGUGCCAGUUCAAGAAGAAGCCUCAGAUGAUAAUGAAGAUGAUCAUGAUGAUGAGUGUCAAAUGCUAGAUAUGAACUUCAUUGAUCCCAUUGUUCCAGUUCAAGGAGAAGACUCAGAUGUAGCUAGCGAGGAUAUUCAACCUCUAUCUCGCAAGCGCAAGGCAGCAGAUACUGAAUUGGCUAUUUCACAUACUGAUACUUUUCUUCCUAGCAAGAAACCUAAGUCCAUCGUCAGUAUAUCCAAUUUAGCAGCUGAAUGGAACAUGCCUCCUGAUUAA